CUGUUGGGACGACCUGUUUCCCGAACAGGACUACGUCACAGCCGAACGUUUUUCAGCUGUUUAGAAAAUGGCUGCCACGACGAUGGUCGGGGCUGCGGUAGAUGCAGAUAGAAUGGAGGAGAAAAAGUUUGAGUAUUUCUCCUCCAUCAAUUCCAUGGCCAAAAAAAUUAUGCAGGAGAGGGAAAAAAUUAAAGAGAAAUAUGGAUCUGAUUGGGACGGCAUGACCUCGAAUGAACAAGACUCGGCCAUCGACAAUGUAAUGAUGGAUCCCCAUAUCAGAGCCCGGUAUGGUAUGCACAGGGUGGACCGAGAAGAAGUUGUUUGUUAUCCGAAAUUGCUGAUUCAGACAGGUCAAAAAAUUGUACACUUUGGAGAGGAGGACAUUACUUGGCAAGAUGAACAUUCGGCUCCCUUUUCCUGGGAAACAAAGAGUCAGCUUGAAUUCAGCCUCACUUACAGCGCCCCAGAGCAAAGUGUUCUCACUGUGGCUGAUCCAAAACCAAGCAAACCUGCUCAGAACAACCAGCUUACCAAAGUGACUCCAAGCAGCAAGAGUUCGAAUAAUGACACAUCGGGACGACGGGAAGAGGAGUCCUCCUUCUGGAAGAUAAGUUUGGAAAGAUCCAGGCUUGAGGGCGAGAAGGCUGACUUCCAGUCUCUCACCCCAAGCCAGAUCAAGUCCAUGGAGAAAGGGGAGAAACCCCUGCCGUCGUACCUUCGCACGGAGGCAGAGGAACCACCACGGCCUACCAAACAGAGAGCGCCCAGACCCCCUGCGCCCCCUCCUCCAAUACCCGUCAGUGUUACUCCAGCCGCUGCCAUCAGCGUGACCCCCGCUGCCAUCAGUGUGACCCCCUCUGCCAUCAGUGUGACCCCAGCAGCUCCACCCAGUGUGCCGUCCUCAGCGGCUGCCUGGGAGCGCGGCCAGAGCACUCUGCCCUCCGUGAGCCCCAUGGAUGGCGUGUUCAGCCCAGGCUUGGCCUCAAAGUCUCCUGCACGCCCCUACAGCACUCUUAAGGAGGAACAGAAGAAGGAGGCCUCCCUAGGCUCCAGCCCCACCCUCUCUCAGUUUUCAGCUGGCAACGUGGUGAAGACUGGCUUUGACUUUUUGGAUAACUGGUAAUGACUGCGUAGACUAAGGACAUUGGAUGCAGUUCCAAAGGAAAGGACCUAUGACAUCACACGCACUAGUUGGACUUCAUUUUGCCUUCAGUAUUUAUUCCUGUAGCUCAUGGCAUUCUCUGUGGCGUUCUCACCAGACAUUAUGUUACCCCCAUUAACUGCUAAAGUGGAACACUAAAGAUUUUGUAUACUGUUAAUUACACUAUUUGUUGUUGGGUUAUACAUAAACGAACCAAGCAUUAUGGAAACAAAUGGACCAUUCUAGAUGAAUGCAUAUAAUGUUUAUCUCCAAACUAGCAAUAAAUCAGGUAAUUUUGUAAAAUGUCUUAAGUUCCUAAAGACAAUUGAUCACUGUUGUUACUCUGACCACAUACUAGUGCAAAGCCAGCACCGUGCACAGUAUAAUACUAAAGUGGAUGUAUUAGUAGACUAGCUUGGUUUUUAGAUUGACUUCAUCAUUGUACACUAAGACUUGAGAAUAUAGUUGUUAUUUAACCCUUUUGUAUGGACACUUUCUUCAUAUCCCAUUUGCUAUGUGUUUGGUAUGGCACUCUUGCAUUUUGAAAUGAAUCAUGCAAAUACAGCAAAGUGAGAGCA